AUGGGCAACUGUGUCUCCCGUUCCAAACAACCUUUUCCAGUCUCUCGCAGUUCGUCUGCUGAGAAGAAUAUGGGGAGUGGCGUUCUAGAUGGUCUACCUAUAGCAGAGCCAACAACUUCUUUUUGGACAAUUCCUGCAACUCCAAUAGCAAAACCUCGGCCACAGGAGAAUUUACCAUCCCAUGUGGACGUGGUUAUUAUUGGAUCCGGUAUAUCCGGCGCCUCUUUUGCGCGAACUCUGCUUGAAUGCGGAGACUGUCUUCAUGUCGUCAUGCUUGAAGCCCAAGAUGUAUGCUCAGGGGCCACCGGCAGAAAUGGGGGACAUAUCUUUCCCGCGACAUACCAUGACUACGAAGACCUGAAGAAAAGAGUGGGCGAGGAUAUGGCAAAGAAGAUGAUACGCUUCCGGAAGGCGCACUUGGAUGAGAUUCUGGCCAUUGCUGUAGAGGAAGGUAUCACAGAGUAUACACAGUGUCGUGCCGUCGAGGGUGUCGAUGUGUACUUCGAUAAGCCUACGUUUAAAGAGGCACAGCGGAAGCUGCAAGUAUAUCAGCGUGAUAUGGGCGAACAUGCAGGCUCAUAUACCUGCUAUGAGGGCUUAGACGCUCAAGAGAAAUUUCAUCUUUCGCCACUUGCGGUAGGAUGUAUUACCACGCGAGCUGGUGCUAUACAUCCAUAUCGCUUUGUGACGUCGAUUUUAAGCCGCCUUCUUACAGACUACCCCAAAGAAUUUGAGAUUCACACCCGCGCACCUUGUACAUCAAUCGAUGAGCCCACAUCAAGUUGCCCAUUCUAUAGACUCACUACAGCACGCGGGGUGAUUACGGCCUCACACGUUGUGCAUCUCACGAAUGCGUACGCGCCUGCGCUCUUACCCGCUCUCAAGGGAGCUAUCCUUCCCAUUCGAGAAACCAUGACCGCACAGCGGCCUGGCCGUAACCUCCAUGCAAGUACGCUACGCGGCGGGCGGAGUUUCGUAUUUUUUGAUAGUCCACGUAAGGGCUUCGACUACCUGACGCAACUUCCAGAAGGCGAGCACGAACUCAUGUUCGGCGCAGGCUUUGAGUCGAGCACGGAUAGCGGAAAUAAUGCAAUGUAUGGCGUGCAUAGCGCAGCGCAUGUAGGUGGUGCAAUGCCGAUCUAUUUCGGAGCGGAGAGCUGGGGUGCUGAGGCCUUACCGACCACUCCCACAGACGAUCAAGAUGUGGGUGUAGGUUUGUGGGCAGAGGGAAGAGUGAAGGCGAUUUGGAGUGGUCUGUUGAGUGAGUCGGUCGAUGGGAUGCCGUGGGUUGGAAAGGUGCCCGUUAAUGUGGCUGGCAGGAGGGCACCUCCUGCUUCGUCUACACCCUCUACUCUGAAUUCAGAUACGAAGAAGCUGAAGUCAGUUGUCACUGCUGCUCCCGGUGAGUGGAUUGCGGCCGGCUACUCCGGUGAGGGCAUGGUGCAUGCGUGGCUGAGUUCCAAGGCCGUUGCGCUGAUGCUUCUCGGGGAGGAUCUCACUGAGGUCAAGACUUGGUUCCCAGAGCUGUUCAGCGUCACGGAAGACAGAGUCAAGGUGGCCAAGCGGACUUUCAAGCCUGACGUUGUGCUGAGUGGCAAGAAGUGUGUUUUCAGUCUUUGA